GACGGACUUUUCUUCGUCCUCGUCGUGCUCGUGCUCGGUGGUGACUUCUUCAACAUUCUUCUUGUUCGUGCGUGAUCUUUGAUUUUUUUCUUUUUUGCUGCUGUGCGGGUUCGUUUCUUUGAGCGCGCGCGUGCGCCCAAGUCUUUUUGAGUUUUCCUUUGAUUUUCUCGUGCUGCAAGGACACUUUGGUGGGGGAAAAAUGAGUGCAAAAUUUUGAACGUGGCGUUGAGUACUUACAUUAAAAGUGUCAAGUGUGUUGUUCGGCAAAGGGCAAACAAGUUCAAAGUGCUCUCUCUCACGAAAUUCGCCAACGAAAGUGACAAGAUCUUCGCCCGUGCAGGCCUGGAAGAAAGUGAAAAGCGAAUGCAUAAGUAAAAUAUAGAACAGCUCGUGUGAAAAACAGACUGCCGAUCAGCCGCCGGCAGUUUGCCACUUGUAUUGUUCCAGCGCCGUUUGCCAUUCACCGUUGAGGUUGGUGGCUUAACCCUAUGUCUGCGUCGAGGAGGUUCGUCGUCUUUUGUUUGGGGCGGUUCUUCAGUGCUUCUAAGCGAUUUACCUUUUAUUUUCCCAUCACCUUGGAGCGUUUCGCUCUGCCAUCGCGAGGGUAAAAAGAAAAUGUCAACGAAAAAGAAAGCAAAUAAAGUGUGAUUAGAUUGAUAAAAGAGAGACGUAACGAUCAUCGCAAGUGAGGUCUCCGUGAAAAGAAUAAUGAACAAGUGAAUUUACAUUUGAAAACAAACGGAUGGCCUCAGGGGGGUGUUUGAGUGGCUAAUUCAAUUAUCGCACUGUGCGGUUUUCGAGCAGGCACUUGCUGUGUUGCGGUCUGAAGAGCAAAUGAGUCUGAAGCAAAUGAAGUGUGAUCGAAGCUAAUUUGUGACGGAAAACCCCAUGAGGAAGCAGCAGAGUAGCAACUUUAUUGGAAAACAUUGCAAGUGAGGCCCCACCACGUGUUGAGGAGAGCAAUUCGAGCCCAGUUGGUCAGUGUUCGGUAAAUUGAACUACUUCGAGUGUUAAAUUGUGCUUUUUUCCUGAGUUGUCCAAACGAGGGCGUUUGAUUGGAUUGUAAAAACCCUGGAAAUUGAACCUUCAGAGGGUUGCUCAGCCUAACAGUUCUUCUCGCCCGAUGGUCACCGACAGACAGAUCGUACGAAAUAAUGGCUAAGGUGGCUCCACGAGCGCCACCACCAGUAGCAAAACACGAACAACCUGACGCCAGAUGAGCCAAAGACGACAGCUUCAAUCGUAUCGUCCGACGAGAGCCGUCUCCCUGCGCCAUGCCAGCCAGAGGAGGAGCCAGAAGACCCAAAAGACCGAAAAUUGACGAUCAAAAUGCUGAAAUCGUUGGUCUUGCCACGAUACUUCAAGAAGAAUAAUUAUAACAUAUUAACGCCCCAAUUAGCGUCCUCUGACGUGGACCCACGACCGUCGUCAGCACCCACUUUACGGCACGGCAGCACUCGCAAAUCCUCGCGAUGGUUCCGGGCACCACGGUUGACCUGUUCUCCGCUGACCCGGUGGCAUCGCCGACGGCGCGGUUUCUCGGUGCUGCCGACGAUGCUGGUCGUCGGCCUGGUGCAGCUGCUGUUGGCCGCCGGACCGCCGCUACCUGGUGGCACCGGUGUGGCCCUGUGCCAGGCGGCGGCUGCCCCGACCCCGGCGGCCAAAGGCACCAUCUCGAACUACGGGGCGCCGCGAACCCCCGGCCACACACGUGUUGGCGGGGUUGUCGAUUCGGCCAGGAUCGCCAACCUCACGCGGCAACACGGCGGUGAUCUGUUUUAUGCAUUUGAAAAUGAAAAAUGUGAUACAGAUACCUGCGUUGGUUUAUCGAGCGGCACAGCUGGUCUAUCGAUUGGUAUAACUCCCAUCGCCGGGCAAAAUAGUAUCAAAGAAAUAGACAUGCUGACCGCCGAAUCGGAAACCGAGUGUAAGUGCCAGUGUCUACCGCAUCUGGCCACUUACCGCGAAGAUCUUGGCAUCUGCGUGGACGACGUACGAGAAUGCACCCUGGCACCGUUCGUCAGUGGGUCCACCUCGGAGAAGAUUCCGUUCGUGUUCCUGCCCCACCGUGGCCAGAUCGUCUACCCGAGCAAGGAAAUCGGCUUUCCCGGUGUAAAAAUGCCCAUGUGUGCCGUUUCCGGCUCGCAGUACCUGACCCACGCCGGCUGGGCCGAGCUGCGGAAUCCGAUCGACACGGACGUUCCGUUUCGGUUGUUCCGCGACGAGGGCCGCAUCUACCUGCAGUGGCUGGGCGAGCCGGACCUGCGCCAACGGAUGCAGGGCCGGCUGGUGCUGGUGCAUCUCAUGUGCCGCGACAUGACACCCCGGCUGGUGCUCAAGGAUGGCCGCACGCGGACGUUGGAUGAUAUGGUGCCAAAUCAGAACAUCUUCACGCCGUGUGUGGCUUUCCGCGUUGUGGGAACUCCGAUCAAAUAUGUCACCAACGUCACCGAGGUGAGCUUCUCGUCGGAAACCCACAUCGACCACCAGUCAGGCCUGAGCACCAAGGAGUACGUCGUGAUCGCCAUCUGCAGCCUCUGCCUGGGCCUGAUCUACAUCGCGUCGGUUUUUCUCUAUAUCCACAUGAAGAAGCGGAAGCGGACCGGGAGCGACGGGGACGACGAUGACGAUGCCAACACGAUCAAGAAUGACUACUCGUCGUACCAGCAGAACGACCAGGUCACCUUCGGCGUCGGGUUGGGCUCGCACCAGGUGAGUCCGUUCGGGGGCCAAACCCGGAACAGCUUCAUCGGCCGGGGUGGCGUCGGCGUCGGCAGUCAGCGGCAGAGUGGGGCUGCCGUCGGUACCGUCGGGGCUGGCCACCGGGGCAUUUCGACCGCUCUGAAUGUGGGACUGCACGCGGAGGAGAUGGGCAUCGUCAAGAACAACCCGCUGCUCAAGCACUUCCCCAACUUGAGCGACAAUUCGGGCUUCAUCAGCGACAACUCGAACUCGGUGUCGGAGUUUGAGGACGAGCUCACCGUUGAUGGGGAUAAGAUGAUGCAAACAACCGCCAACGUACAUCAGCCAAAAAACUACUUAGGGCAUACCGACAUGGAUGGAGGACAUCUCCAUCCGCAACAGCAGCUCCACCACGGCCGGAUGAGCCCGAACGGCCAGGACGGUAUGAGCAAUGGCCAGAAUGGAACCGAUACCGAGUGCCUGCCCGAGGAAAAUGUGUCCAUUGUCGAAGACAUCAGCAACGACGAAAAGCUCGAAAGUAUGAAGUCUAUCGUCAACGGAACCAUGCGCCGAAAGCUGUACUUCAAUCCGGCCUAUUUUGAACCGCACCUGCUGGUGUCCCCACCGGCAGCCGCGAUCGAGUUCUUGAACAAGAUCCGCGAGGUCAUCACGAUCGCCAAGUACAAAAUGACCGCCAAGCGGUUCCAGCCCUCGUUGAACAUCAUCCCCGAGGAGCUGCAGCAUGGAUCGCACGGGUCAGAGACUUACGCCGCGGCCCAGACGGCUCCUCCAAGUCGGCGCAGCAGUUUGAUCAGCUCGCGCAGGGACAGCUCCAAGAAGAGCAUCUGCUCGGGCUGUCCCGGGUGCGAAAAGAAGGCCGGUAACUCGGACGUGGUGGUUCCGUCGAGCAAUUGUAAGAACUGUGGUGACAAGCAAAACAGCAUCCGCAAGUGGUUGGAGGACGUUUCUACGAAUCACGGAGAAGCGGUCAAUGAAACGGACAUGUUGGAUGGAGCAAGACCAAAUGUGGCCGCAACGGAAAAUCCGGAAUCGCUCAAGUCGUUGGACGAUCGUUCGACUUGCGAUUCGCUGCCAAUCAAUCCGGAAAUUAAGAAGCAGCCAAAGUCAUUGCGAUCUCGCCACGGUAGGGACAGUGACAGCUCGUCCGUUUCGGACAACGAAACGAUCAUCGCAAACAGUGUCAAGGAGCGAUCGGCUCUUGCGCGAGUUCCUUCAAGAUCAAAAUCCAUCCGAUCGGACGCGAGUUCGGCUCCGAAGAUCGUGUCGCACAGUUUGAAGUCCGACGUGGUUAAGAUGACCAAAUUCGGCGCCGAGGACGGAUCGUUGAUGAAGAACAACAGCUUCGUGUACGAUCCUUCCCCGAGCCACUCCAAGAAUCAGGAGAUUUACAUGAGAAACAUCAACAACUCGCUGGUGAACCUGGAUUCCAACAAGAUCUACGACAAGCGGGAUCUGUACAGCAGUGAGCUGUUCAACAAUCCCCAGUUCGAGUCAACUCCAAAGAUGCAGCAGCGAUCUGCGAACCACCACCAUCACCAUCAGCAGCAGCAGCAUUAUCAGCAGGGAAGGAAGCGAUCUAACACCCGUCCUGACCCCAGACUCGAAGUGGUGGAACAGUUUGCCAACAUGAGUCCCGGAAAGCUGCGGAACCUGAACCACAUGCCGGAUAUGGUCUACGAAGCGCUCGCCAUGGAUCAGCGGAAAAAUUCGUGGCGCAGCCAAGGUGAACCAGUUCCGAUCAACGAAUACCUGCAGGACAGUGACAGCCGGUUCAGCAGCAUCGAUCGUACGGAAAAGUAUCGAAACGAAAAGUUCUUUCAUGACUUUAUCAACUCGGACGACAACAACACCCUCGGGAACCGGUCGGGCAAGAACUCCUUCAACAAGUACCAGCCGGACUCGCCGAUCUACUCGCGCAAGUCCCCGCACUACUUGAUCGUGGACUACGAAACGGACAGUCUCGAGCGGGUCACAUCGAAGACCCAGGUGAGCUUCAACACGUCCACAACGACCAGCAGCGAUCUAAGCUCGCAACCAUCGCCAUCGCACAGUACGGCCCUUCCGCUAGAGGAAGAAGUCGAAAUCCGGAACGCCAUCUACGAUCGGGUGGAGGGGUUUAGGAAGGAUUCGGACACGAUCAUAAAGGAACGCGAAAUCAUCAGCCUGGCCGACGACUACGAAGACCUGCCGAUGAACUCGCUGGCAGAAACCGUCAUCCAGGUUUCGUCCAAGAAAGGGCCCAAGAUCAAGUGCGAUACGCCCUUUCAGGGCAGCAUCACGAUCGAGGUAGAGCACAGUCCCGAAGAGUGCGAUCUCUCCACCGACAGUGAUCAGUUCGAGCCGGACACGCUCGACCGGAAGCCAAAGAAGCACAGCAACAUCGUGGGCAGACACAAGAGCAACGUUUGGGCACAGGACCGUUUAAGUACCAAGGAGACAAACCUAACCUCACUUCCGGCGGAUCUCAACAAUCACUUUGUGCUAAAAAACUCCCAGUCGUUCCGUGAGACUUCCUUCGGCAGUCUGCGUGAAAUUUACGAGUCGAAGAACCUGAAAAACAUCAACCACAACCAGAUGCGGAGUCUGGAGGAGUUUGACGUGCAAUCCGGCAAGCUGCUGACGCUGGAGCUGCGACACUCGAAGCGGCAACGCUCGAACGACAACACUGUGAUCGCGCCGAAGCUGAUGCCACCGGAUUUGAUUCCGGCCGACGUGGGAUCCGCUGGGAUGCACCGGAACCACUACGAUCAACCGCGUCAGCAGUUGAAGAAGGUCGAGGACUACGGGAUUUCACCGAAGAACUUGGCCUGCUGGAACAACGACAAGUUUACGAAGCAACCGAACGGUCCGGCGCCGAAGCCAUCGCUGAGCAACUUGGAGAGCUACGAGUCGACGAAUAGUGCGACCGCGGAUAGUGACUCCACGCAGUUUACGGGAGUGUCGGACAACGAUCAGAACGGAGGCAAGCGGCAGAAGAAGGUCGCCAAUUACAGCCAGGUGAACAAGGUAAGCCGCGAUCGGUCGGGAUCUGUGGAGAAGGAGGCUGGGUUCCGGUUGGUUGGCGGUGAUCCAGACGAGUCGAGUGUGCUGAAGAAUUACAUGUCGUUGGGAGAGCUGAACGAGAGGAACUUUAUGGAACAGGUUGACGGCAAGAUAUACGAUGUAACGGGGAAGGCUCAGGUGUCGAACCGGGCCAAGUUCAUCGAGGAUAUCGACAAGAUCGAGGUUCUGUCGACGAAGACGCUGUCGAAUUAUGACUUUCCGUUGAACAAGAAUGGUCAAAGCGUCAGUUCGAAGGAAAGCGGCGAAGGUGAGGACAAGCCGAGCUUUGAGGUGAAUCCGAUUACGACCACUAAGGUUUACCGAGUGGAGAUCAACCAGGCAACGAAUGGUAUGCAGAUCGCGAUGGGUCUGCGCGAUCGCGUGAAAAAGUCGAAAGAUAUCAAGAACGCGUGGAAGAAGUUCAUCGGAAUAGCGACUUCACGGUUCAACGGCAAGUCCGGCGAUGGUAAGAGUGACUCGGACGGAGAGAAGAACUCGGAAUCGUCGGAUAUCAUGGAUAAGGACGAAGGGAUUUCUUCGCUGAUUGACGAUGCGAGUGCAGCCUACGAGAGUACGGACAAAAUGCAUCAUCACCAUCAUCGGCACCAUCACCAUCACGGGAGGAUGGGUGGAUCAUCAAGCUCGGGACCGCCUUCGACCAGUCGGCAGAUCACGGUGAUCCGGAGUAACUCCCGAUCAAGCGUAAAGGACGACAGUGGGUACAUGAGUGCCGACUCGAACGAAUCCCGGCUGAACAACAAAAAGCUAUACGAACGGUUCAACUUCACCGCCAAGUCGAUCGAUUCUUCCGAAUCCAUCCAGGAGGAGAACAAGUACGAGAUUUGCGCCAUCCCAGAGAACAACGUGAUCACGAGCACCGUCAAAAGCAACACCUCAACCUCAUCUGACGGCAGUAACAGCGCCCGUUCCGACCGCCAACUGACCCGACCUCGUGCUCCUCCCCCGCCACUCCCACCGCCCAAUCCACCACCCCCUCCUCCACCCACCACCACAAUUCCGUCCAAAAAGCAACCCUCUCCGCCCCGCACCAUCGAAAAGCCCCAGUCGCGACCUCCGCCCCCACCGACCAAACCCCCCUCCAAAAUCCCUCUCCCCGAGGAGAACUUCCUGUUCAACACGGCGGACGCCAUCAGCGUUCGGGUUUACUCCUCGGACGACGAAAACUUUGCCAGCAGCGACAACGCCUCGUGCAUCUCGGAAAACGACCAAGAGGAGGAGGAGGAGGACGAUGAUGGGACGAGCUGCGCCACCGACGACAUUUGCGAGUCGGGCGCGGAAAGUGUGGAGACGCACUCGGUGUUUUUCAAAAACAUCCGGACGAGGCCGACGGAGGCGUGCAAUGUGCGGGCCGCGAUGGCGCACUAGAGAAACGGAGUGAUUCCCAACGAGCGUGCAAUUGAGAAAGGAUGCAAUAUUACAUUUGAGUAGAGAAUACAAGACUAUGAGGAAUAGUGCUGUACAUUUAUAACGUUAAAAAGAAAACAAAACAGAUGGAGUUGCAGUACCUAGAAAUACUUUAUUUAAAAUUACACAAAUACAGAGAUUAUUUGU